GAAGGUUUUGCGCGGCUUGGGCGGUGCUAGUAAGGCAGAGCCAGUCCGCAGGAGCCAUGGGGAGGGCCGUGACAGUGGCCACCUGCGCCCUGAACCAGUGGGCUUUAGAUUUCGAUGGCAAUUUGGAAAGGAUUUUAAGAAGUAUUGAAAUUGCUAAGCACAAAGGAGCAAGAUACAGACUGGGCCCAGAGCUUGAAAUUUGUGGUUAUGGCUGUUCAGAUCACUAUUAUGAGUCUGACACACUCUUGCAUUCAUUUCAAGUUCUGGCAAAGCUUUUGGAAUCUCCUGCUGUUCAAGAUAUUAUCUGUGAUGUGGGAAUGCCAGUUAUGCACAGAAAUAUUCGCUACAGCUGUAGAGUGAUAUUCUUAAACAAGAAGAUUCUUUUGAUCAGACCAAAGAUGAUCUUGGCUAAUGCAGGAAACUACAGGGAACUUCGGUGGUUUACCCCAUGGAGCAGAGCCCGGCAUGUGGAAGAAUAUUUUCUUCCCCUCAUGAUACAGGAGGUUACAGGACAGGAAACUGUUCCUUUUGGUGAUGCAGUGCUGGCUACCAAAGAUACCUGCCUAGGGACUGAAAUCUGUGAAGAAUUGUGGGCACCAAGUAGCCCCCAUAUUGAAAUGGGACUCGACGGAGUGGAGAUCUUCACUAACUCGUCUGGGAGUCAUCAUGUUCUGCAGAAAGCCCACAUCCGGGUUGAUUUGGUGAACUCUGCAACAGCAAAGAACGGUGGUAUUUAUAUUUUAGCCAAUCAAAAAGGCUGUGAUGGUGAUCGUUUGUACUAUGAUGGUUGUGCCAUGAUUUCUGUGAAUGGACAUACUGUUGCUCAAGGAUCCCAGUUUUCUCUGGAUGAUGUGGAAGUUGUGGUUGCCACAUUGGACUUGGAAGAUGUUCGAACUUAUAGGGCAGAAAUUUCAUCUCGUAAUCUCCUGGGAAGUAAAGUGAAUCCAUAUCCCAGAGUAAAGGUGAAUUUUGCACUGUCAUGUUCUGAUGAGAUAUGUGUAUCUACAAGCGAGCCAAUCCAGUGGAGGUAUCAUAGUCCUGAGGAGGAAAUUUGCUUUGGCCCUGCAUGUUGGCUUUGGGACUAUUUAAGACGCAGUAAACAGGCAGGAUUUCUCUUGCCACUUAGUGGUGGAACUGACAGCUCUGCUACAGCCUGCAUUGUAUACUCCAUGUGUCAUCAGGUUUGCCUUGCAGUAAAGAAUGGAAAUCAAGGUGUGCUGACUGAUGUGCGUAAGAUAGUGAAUGAAGAUACCUACACACCUGAAGUUCCCCAAGAAUUCUGCAGACGUAUCUUUACUACGUGCUAUAUGGCUAGUGAGAACUCCUCCCAGGAUACACGCGACAGGGCCAAAUUUCUGGCUGAACAAAUAGGCAGCUAUCACAUAAAUCUAAACAUAGAUGUGGCAGUGAAAGCCGUUGUAGGGAUUUUCAGCAUUGUGAUGGGCAAAUCUCCUCAGUUUCGUGUUUAUGGAGGAAGCAGCAGAGAAAAUUUGGCGUUACAAAAUGUGCAGGCUAGAUUAAGAAUGGUGCUUGCCUACCUAUUUGCUCAGCUGAGUCUUUGGGCCCGUGGAAUGCCUGGGGGACUUCUCGUGCUUGGAUCCGCCAAUGUGGAUGAAAGUCUUCGAGGAUACUUGACUAAGUAUGAUUGUUCUAGUGCCGAUCUCAACCCUAUUGGUGGAAUCAGCAAGACUGACUUGAAAAAUUUCCUACAGUAUUGCAUUGAAAAUUUCCAGCUCACAGCACUCAGAAGCAUUUUGUCAGCUCCACCUACUGCAGAGUUAGAACCCCUGGCAGAUGGACAAGUGUCACAAAUUGAUGAGAUGGAUAUGGGGAUGACGUACGCUGAACUCUCAAUCUAUGGCAAAUUAAGAAAGGUAGCAAAGGCUGGACCAUACAGUAUGUUUUGCAAGCUGAUUAAUAUGUGGAAAGAGAUCUGUAGUCCAAGCGAGGUGGCAUCAAAGGUUAAGCAUUUUUUCAGGAUGUAUUCAGUUAAUAGACAUAAAAUGACCACCCUCACCCCUGCCUAUCAUGCUGAAAACUACAGUCCAGAUGACAAUCGGUUUGAUCUGAGACCUUUUCUUUAUAAUUCUGCGUGGUCUUGGCAGUUCAGAUGUAUAGAUAAACAGGUGGCUAAUCUAGAAAGUAAGGAAGCAAAGCCUCUUUGUGAAGAUGUGGACUGACUGCUUUCUGCUCAUGCUACUGACUGAACAGUGUGGACUAACCUUGAAAAGACUACAGUCAGAGCUAGAUUAUGUUCUUUAUAUCAGCAGAGUUGCAGUGAUUGAGCAGUUUAUAGCAUAUUAUAUAUGCAAAGAAUUUAAGACUGUACUCACCACCCCCUCCUUUGAUUGGUGAACUGUUCAUAAGUGGAUCUGGAUUCACACCUAAUAUAUUCACAAGAUAGUCUGGACAAGUAACUUCCUGGCAGUGUGGUGUUCCUGGCUUCAGCCAUUGGCUGUUUUGUGACAUGGGUUUGGUUGUAUAAUUCGCAUGGUCAUGUGCAUGUUAUUGAAUUGGCUGGCUGGAUCUUUUCAAAUGUGAAAAUAUAUAAGGAUAGGCAUUUUGUACUGCAUCUUUAGAUAAACAGUCAUAAUGAUUCAUUAAUACUGCCAGGGACACUUGAAUACUGUUUGAGAGUUUGCAAAUUACAAUUAAAGUGUUCCCAUCAAUCUCAAAAAAGUUCUCUCACUGCUUUUAAUUGUGAAAAGGUAUGCACAAGUGCAUAUUAAAUAUGACUGGAUGUCAUGAAUAGUUCACCUGUAUAUUUUUUUAACACACUGAACUUGAAAGCAUAGGAUUUUGCAGUUUCUGGCAUAUGCUGCUCUGAAAUACAAUUUUUACAUGUUACCAUGUAUUAAAGUUGCAGUUUUAUUAUGCUAAUUGA